AUGGAUGAGCGGCUCAAACAGAGCAUUGAGUCGGCGCGUGGCGCUGCCAACACACUUAAGAAGCGCGCAGCGUUGGAAGAAGAGUACGCGCACGGGUUAAAGAAGCUCGCCCGCUCGUCUAUGUCAGACUAUUCGGGCAAUGACGUUCGUGCUGGGUAUGUACAUGGUCUUGGCUUUUUUUUUGACGCGUUCACCUGUACUGACGCGUAUACAUGUAGCUCGUAUGGCACAAGUUGGAUGACCAUGCUCAGAAACCAAGACGUCGUUAGUGAAAACCACUAUCGAUUCGCCAGUAAGCUCACUGCCAUCAGCGACGACAUUUCCAUGCUUGUGCGUGAUGCUGAACAGAACCGACGGCAGAACCGCGACGUCGGUUUCCGCCUCGAAAAGAGUCUUUUAGAUGCAGAGAACAGUGUCGAACGUGCCCGCAGUCGCUUCGACAGUGCAGCGGAAGACUUAGAGCGAGUGAUGCUCUUCAAGCAAGGCGAUGUUAGUCGUGCAUCAGAUACGUCCAUUGGCACAUCAUCGAACAAGCGCACUCUUGGCAUGCCGUUUGCCAAAGGAGGGCUGUUUAAGACGAAGAAUCCUCAGCAAAUGGUGCGCCAUGAAAGCGAGUUCCGGAUCAAGAAAGGGCACGCACACGAGACGCUCUGUGGCGAGGCUCAAUCGGCUCAGACAAAGCGCCAGGAAUACUUCCAACAGCAGCUCCCGCAAGUGCUACGUGGCUACAAAGAAUCACUUGAUGAGCUGGAGACAGGCGUCCAGUUCCAGCUCGUCCGCUAUGCGUUCCUGUAUGAAAACAUUGCUCUGAGCGAUGGAGUGUCGAUCAAUCCGCUCGGCGACAAGACAGCGCCGAUGGGUCUGCGGGACGCUGCUGCGUCGAUCAACAACCAAGCCGACUUUAAAGACUUUAUGCAGAACUUUGAACUUGCUUUCAAGGGCAGCAGUAAAGAGACCAAGACACCACAUCGUGAGAAUCCCUAUGAUGAAGUGACGCUGGCGAAUAUCAUGCACCAGUCAGUAUUGCCAGCUCCGCAAGGAGGUACGAGCACCGGCACUGGCGCUGGUGUCACUGAUGACCCAUACGUACCCACACGACCUGUGUUUGGAGUCGACCUUGAAACACAGAUGCUCCGCGACGGUGUAGAAGUGCCGCCGAUUUUGGAGAUCUGUGCAGAUGCGAUCGAACGCGUCAGGUAUCCAAAAACACGGGUAUCUACCGUCUUUCAGGCACCUCGUCGCGUGUGCAGAAGCUCAAAGCUCGGUUCGAUACUGACUGGUCGACGGUGGAUGUGA